CCCUUGCCUCGUCGAGGGUUAAUGCAUCAGGCGAGCUUGCCUGGCCGCGGCCAAUCAGAACUCAGCACUGGCAGCUAUAAUAUAACUCAAGGCCGACUCCUCGCCGCAGCCUUCCCAGCUGAGCUCCCCGCGGAAUCCAGAGAGCCCUGCUGCUGCCGCCGCCGCCGCCGCCGCUGCUCUUGCUUCGCUUCUCCUUGGCCUUUUCCCCCCACCGCGCCUGGGGCUGGCCGCGCCGCGAUGCGCCGCCGAUGAGUGCCGCUCUCCCCGGCCGCCGCCGCCGAGCCCCGGUUGCCGCACCUGUGUCGCCAGGGCUGGGGGGAUCCUAGUCCCCGAAGGCGCGGAGGAGGGAGACGCAGAUCUCGGAAGACACCCAGCCAGCCAGCCAGCCAGCCGGCGGAGAGAGCGAGCGAGCGAGCGAGGGAGUCGGAGGCGCGGGGAGAGCCAGCCAGAGACGCGCGCCAGGCAGGCAGGCAGGCAGGCAGGCAGGGGACCGCCAGGCGGGGGGGAAGGUGGCCGUCGCUCCCUCCCCGGGGACGACGGCAUGCGGCUCUCGGGGAGGCUGGCGCUGCCGGUGGUCUUCUUGGGCGCCCUCUGCCUCUCCGGCGGGCUGGCGUGCGGGCCGGGCCGGGGCUUCGGCAAGCGGCGGCACCCCAAGAAGCUGACCCCGCUGGCCUACAAGCAGUUCAUCCCCAAUGUGGCCGAGAAGACGCUGGGCGCCAGCGGCAGGUACGAGGGCAAGAUCAGCCGCAGCUCGGAGCGCUUCAAGGAGCUCACCCCCAACUACAACCCGGACAUCAUCUUCAAGGACGAGGAGAACACCGGCGCCGACCGCCUCAUGACUCAGCGCUGCAAAGACAAGCUCAACGCCUUGGCGAUCUCGGUGAUGAACCAGUGGCCCGGCGUGAAGCUGCGAGUGACCGAAGGCUGGGACGAAGACGGCCACCACUCCGAGGAGUCCCUCCACUAUGAGGGCCGCGCCGUGGACAUCACCACCUCGGAUCGGGACCGCAGCAAAUACGGCAUGCUGGCCCGCUUGGCAGUAGAGGCCGGCUUCGACUGGGUCUACUACGAGUCCAAGGCACACAUCCACUGCUCCGUCAAAGCCGAGAACUCAGUGGCUGCCAAAUCGGGUGGCUGCUUCCCUGGAUCCGCUUUGGUGAAUCUGGAACAAGGGGGUACCAAGCUGGUGAAGGACCUGAGCCCAGGCGACCGGGUGCUGGCAGCGGAUGGGGAGGGUCAACUGCUUUACAGCGAAUUCCUGGCCUUCCUGGACCAAGAGGACCCCCCUAUCCACAGGCUUUUCUACGUCAUCGAGACUCAGAGGCCCCAGACACGCCUCUUGCUGACGGCUGCCCACCUGCUCUUUGUGGCUCCACUGCAAAACCAUUCCCAGCCCCAGCCCAUUUUUGCCAGCCGUGUGCGGCCAGGACAACGUGUCUACGUGUUGGGCAAAGGGGGCCAGACACUGCUCCCGGCCGCAGUGCACCGCGUGUCCCUGCAGGAAGAGGCCUCGGGUGCCUACGCCCCACUGACGGCUCAGGGCACCAUCCUCAUCAAUAAGGUGCUGGCUUCAUGUUACGCUGUCAUUGAAGAGCAUAGCUGGGCCCACUGGGCAUUUGCCCCUUUCCGGUUAGCCCACACCAUCCUGGCAAUGCUGACCUCCGGCAGCCAUUCUCUUCCCAGCCUUUCUCUGUUUGCUGCACCCAGUGAGGGCACGGCUGGUGUUCACUGGUAUUCCCGCCUCCUCUACCACAUUGGCCGCUGGGUAUUGGAUUCUGACACAUUGCAUCCAUUGGGCAUGGCCAGCUGAGGUGGGGAGGGACAAGUCUCUGGACACACCCACCUUUCUCCGCCAUAAAAAUAAAAUAAUACAAAUGGGGGGAAAAACUAAGAUGAAGAAAGAAAGAAAGAAAGAAAGAAAGAAAGAAAGAAAGAAAGAAAGAAAGAAAGAAAGAAAGAAAGAAAGAAAAAGACUCUAAUCAAUAAUAAUAGUAGGACAGUCCAAAGUAGACGUAAAGGAAAAGGAAGAACCCAGGAAGUUUUGUUUUAGUUUAUAAAUAUAUAUAUUUUUAUUUGAUUUAUAUUUUUGUCUGUUUUGUUGUUUUCAUUGUCUUCAUCUCCUGGAUAUUUAUUUGUUUGGUAUUUUGAAAUAGAUGUUUUAAAGAAUAUGAACCCAAUCUUCAAGAGCCUUAACUAGUUUCUUUGGUAAUUUAUUAUCAGGCGAACUGUAUACUCACAGGGAGAAGAAAAUUAUUUUGUGAGGCCGAGCAAAACUGCACAGAGUUCUAUUUUUCUAUCCGUCACGUGUGUCUAGACUUUCCAAAAGGAAAAAAAAAUCUCCUUCUCGUCAGCCCAUUGCUUCGCUCAUUCCCUUCCACAAGUCUUGGAAUAAAUAGAAGGGGAUUUUCAUGGGGUGGGAGGGGGUCCGUAAAUUAUAUUUUUAUACACAGAAUUGUAAAUUCAAUUUUUUGAGAGAUCAAUAUUUCACAGUCACAUUUCAUUUUUUUUGAAAUAGUGUAAAAUACGAGAAUAUAUUAUUUUAAUUUAAAUAGUAUCAAAUGUCAUGUCGACUUCUGUAUCGUUUGCCAUUGUCUUUGAAAUAUUUUGCUUUGUAUAAAAAAAGAAAACCGAAACAAAAGAACCCUUGGAAUUCAACACUGUUACACAGAACCAUCUUGUUUGCAAGUCCGUGGGGAAUGGGGGAAGGGAGAGGGGGAAAACUCUCUUAUUUUUACCUUAAAAAAUCAAGAAGUUUAUGAGAAAAUAAUAUUUUUUAAAAAGCGCACACGUGGGCAAUUAAGUGACAAUGGAGAAUAGUUUGUACAGAAGGGGGAAAGGAUGUUUUGCAUUAAUAAACUGAUAAAUAACCGCUGUCAAUUUACUAAAAUGUAUUUUUUGAAUAUUUUGUAAUAGUUUUAAUAGUUUUAUAGAAAUAAAAUGUGCCAUGCACAGUCUGGUUAGUAUAUAAGAACAAAGAA